ACAGUGAAGAGUUCGAAGGACUCUUAAAGAUCUAAAUCUAAGCUAGAAUUUCUAGAUCUAGAUUUAGAUCUAGACAUUUAUAUUAGAUCUAGAUCUAGAUCUAGAUCUAGAUCUAUAGAUCUAGUAAUAGAGAGGUAGAGGUCUACAUAGAUCUAAUAAGUUAAGAAAUAUAAAGAUCUAGUCUAGAUCUACCCGUUUACGCUAUUUACAGUUUGAGUUUGAUGGCUAAGACUGAUGUAGAACAAGAUUGCAAGACAGUAUCAGCAGUUGAGCCACAUAAGUGUCUGUAUGAUGUACAGGGCUUCCAGAUUACAAAGAUGGGCUUUUGAAGGACAACAUAUAGAAGGACAUACCUGGGCUUACCUGCUGACACUGUGAAGGCCAGAUGGCAUAAUCUACUAUUAGAUUAUUAGAAGAGUGUGGUCAGUAAACAAGAUCCAGGUUUUUAAGAAGAUGCCGUUUCUCAAGCAACACCUCAUCAGGGAAGGUGGUGAUCAGCCUGUGGCCUCUACAGAGAAGAGCUCCUUCAGCGUCAAGUCAGAGGUAUUGAGCAGUGAUGAGGAGUAUGCAGACACAGUUGAUAAAAAACCUUCGGACAUAGGUCAAGCCAACAUUAGUUUAGCAGAUAAUGGAGAACUGUACAUAAAGGUUGAGGAGGAGGAUUCACUCUUGCCGAAAGUUGAUGAUCAGCCUGUGGCCUCUACAGAGAAGAGCUCUUUUAGCGUCAAGUCAGAGGUAUUGUGCAGUUAUGAGGAGUAUGCAGACACAAUUGAUAAGAAUCCUUCGGACAUAGGUCAAUCCAACAUGAGCUUAGCAGAUGCCUAUAAGAAGUCGAGGUUCCCAUUAGUAACUUAUGAGGACCACAAUGACAAGGCUGAUGUUGUGGAAUUUAACUUGAAGGUCGAGGAUGAGGAUUCACUCUUGCUGGAAGGUGGUGACCAUCCAGUGGCCUCUACAGAGAAGAGCUCCUUCAGCUCCUUUAAAUGCACCAUUUGUUCCAAAACCUUCCAACUCCAGAAAUAUCUCAAUGCUCAUUUAGAAACACACACCAGUGAACAAACGCAUCAGACAGAGGACUUUAAAUGCACCAUUUGUUCCAAAACCUUCAAACUCCAGAGAUAUCUCAAUGCUCAUUUAGAAACACACACCAGUGAACAAACGCAUCAGACAGAGGACUUUAAAUGCACCAUUUGUUCCAAAACCUUCCAACGCCAGAGAUAUCUCAAAACUCAUUUAAAAAUACACACCAGUGAACAAACGCAUCAGACAGAGGACUUUAAAUGCACCAUUUGUUCCAAAACCUUCAAACUCCAGAGAUAUCUCAAUGCUCAUUUAGAAACACACACCAGUGAACAAACGCAUCAGACAGAGGACUUUAAAUGCACCAUUUGUUCCAAAACCUUCCAACGCCAGAGAUAUCUCAAAACUCAUUUAAAAAUACACUCCAGUAAACAAAAGCAUCCGACAGAGGACUUUAAAUGCACCAUUUGUUCCAAAACCUUCCAAUUCCAGAGAUAUCUCAAUGUUCAUUUAAAAACACACUCCACUGAACCAACAAUGAAAUGUGACCAUUGCCAGCGAUGCUUCAAAACAAUUUACUCUCUCAAGAAGCACUUAAAAAAAAAAAAUGUACAUGAAGAAACAACAUUUCUUUGCAGCAUUUGUGACAAACAGUUUCGCUCACACAGAUAUCUUACUAACCAUUUGAAAAAACAUGGUAUUCUCAAGCCACACCUAAUCCGGGAGGGUGGUGACCAGCCUGUGGCCUCCACAGAGAAAAGCUCCUUCAGCGUAGAGUCAGAGGUAUUGAGCAGUGAGGAGGAGUACGCAGACACAAUUGAUAUGAAUCCUUCCGACAUGGGUCAAGCCAACAUGAGCUUAGCAGAUGCCUAUAAGAGGUCGAGGUUCCCAUUAGUUACUUACGAGGACCACGAUGACAAGGCUGAUAAUGAGGAACUUUACAUGAAUGUCGAGGAGGAGGAUUCACUCUUGUUGGAUGAUCCUGACAACUCUGCGUCUGUCUCCUCAUUUCAAAUCCUGCCCAUUGAAUCAUCACGUGACAUAAAGGUCGAGAAGGAGGAUUCACUCUUGCCAGAUGAUCCUGACAACUCUGCGUCUGUCUCCUCAUUCCAUAUCCUGCCCCUCGAAUCAUCAUGUGACAUAAAGGUCGAGGAGGAGGAUUCACUCUUGUCAGAUGAUCCUGACAACUCUGCGUCUGUCUCCUCAUUCCAAAUUCUGCCACUUGAAUCAUCAUGUGUACUAAACAAAUUAGUCUACCCUGUGUCUCGGAUACGAAAGGCUGAAAAAAAAAAGCUAACCUUUGACGUUAGUGAGGUAGAUCCUGACCUAGAAUAUUUUAAAGGUUUCCUGUCGUUGGUCAAAGAACUGUCAUCUAAAAGGAAACAAAAGCUUUUUGCCUCUUUUGCACAAGAGCUCUUCAGACAUCUAGAUGAGCAAGAGAAAGAGGAAACAGACUCCACAGAUAUAUGAGACUUGUAAAGCCUGCAUUGAGUGAAUCUACACAUCUGUCGUCUUCCACUGGCUUAAACAUUGAAAGUGUAGGAUGAAUUUGUUGGAUUAGUCAUCCGUAUUAUACAGUCCUAAUACAUACAUACAAAAUCCAAACAAAGUCCAAUGUUGAACCAAGGAAAUAAAAUGCUGGCAUCACUGUUACUGCAUUACAUUUUAGGUCCAUGGAAAAUAUGCUUUAUUUGUGAAGAGGAAACUUGACUCAUUGGAAGUGGGUCUUGAUGAUAUAUAGAGAAUUAUAUUAAUACAAAAUCUUUAGUUAUGGUAAUAAGUUUUAAAUUAAGUGGUUAGAUAAUUCAAAGGUCAAAGGUUAGGCUGUACCCACCAUAAUGUGCAUGCUUUAUGAGAUUUUGAUGAAUUAUUAAAAAAAAAACAUUACUUUUGUUAUGAUUAUGCCAAUACAAAUUAAUAGUGAUAUUAAUUUAUAGAUUAAUUAAUUAAUAGUGAGCCUGCAAAACUACAUUUUAAAUCCCAUUCUUGUGAAGGAUUAAUUUUUUUUUAUACAGCUAAGCUUCAAAAGAAAAACAAUAACUUUUGCAAAACCAUUAAAAGAGGUGCCUGCUUACUGGUUUUAUAUCAUGACUUAUUGCAGAUUUGUAGCUUAGUGACUAAUGUUACAGUUAUGCAGCUGCAUGUACUAUUAUGUACAUAAUAAAAUUCUGUACAUACUAUUAUGUAUAUAAUAAAAUUGAAGUUAUUUAUGAAA